UCAUUUAGUCCUGAGCUGAUCCAGGCUUUUAUCUCCCAGCAAAUAAAUAGAAGAAACCUGCCCACAUGUGAGAGAAGUCCUGCAGCUCCAGCACACACAGCGUGUGCGUAGGAACCCGCCUCUCUGACUUCACCUCCUCCACCUUUACCUGUGGUCGUCAUGGGCCGAACACCACACAGAGAUCAAAAAGAGGAGAAGAAGGAGAGACGAAGCAGCAUCACAGCAGGCUCUGCCCUCGACAAAUCUAAUGAACCAUUCAGUUGGGAAGACUAUCUGAGGGAAACCUCCUCAAUCGCAGCCUCGCCCACAUGCUUCAAACAGUCUCGAAUCCCUCCUACCAACGACUUCAAGGCAGGUAUGAAACUGGAGGCCCGUGACCCGCGUAACUCAAACUCGGUGUGCAUUGCGACGGUGAUGGGAAUGAUGGGUACGCGUCUGCGGCUGCGACUGGACGGCAGCGACAACACUAAUGACUUCUGGCGGCUGGUUGAUUCGUCAGACAUUCAGCCAAUAGGGACAUGUGAGAGAAACGGAGACAUGCUGCAGCCUCCACUGGGUUUCAGGAUGAAUGCUUCCUCGUGGCCCAUGUUUCUCCUACGGACGUUAAGUGGAGCAGAAAUGGCCCCAGCGUCUGCCUUUAAGAAGGAACCAGCCAGUCCUCCUAAAAACUACUUCCAGGCUGGUAUGAAGCUGGAGGCCGUGGACAGGAAGAACCCGUACCUGAUUUGCCCGGCCACAGUGGGGGAGGUCAGAGGUCAGGAGAUCUUCGUCAUGUUCGACGGCUGGAGGGGUGCGUUUGAUUACUGGUGUCCCUUCGACUCCAGAGACAUCUUCCCUGUUGGUUGGUGUGUCCUGACAAAACACAGCCUGCAGCCGCCAGGAAACUUCUUUACCCUCCCUGGUGCACUCCUCGCUCCUGUUUCUUCAUCCUCAAACUCACUCGCAACACGUCGCUCCUCUUCCAACUCCUCCUCCUCCAUGCAGACCUCGUACCGACUGCCUAACCCCUUGCCACCCCUCCCUGUACGCAAGGGUGUCCGAGGUCGACGUCCCAAAUCCCAGACUAUUGCUUUGUUGAAAGCAGCAGCCGAAGCAGCAGCAGCAGCAGCAGCGGUAAAUGGAGCAUCACAGAGCCCUCCCAGACCUAGCUCUGCAGCUCAACUGGCCCCCAGACCACACAGGAAGAGAGGACCCAAGCCUGGGAGCAAGAGGAAGCCUCGGGUGGUGCCAUCCCUGGGGGCUUCAUCAGUUACAGCUCCGCCUCCAGAGACCAGACUGAGCUCCAGCCACGUCUCAGCGGACAGCAACCAUAAGAACAGCUCAAAUGUAGUCUGCACAGUGUGUGUGUAUGUGAACAAACACGGUAACUACGGACCACAUCUUGACCGAAAACUAGUGCAGCAGCUCCCAGACCACUUUGGUCCAGCUCCAGUAAACGCAGUGCUACAACAGGCUGUUCAGGCCUGUGUGGACUGUACCUACCAGCCCUCAGUGCUGCUGUCGUUUCUGCAGAGUCAGUCGCACACGGGAGGAGAGGUCAUCAGAGUGCGGUCAGAGCAUGGAAUCCGCUACGUGAAGCUGCCCUCGGCCUCCAGCGCUUCCUCUGUACUGCGGUUCUUGGAGAACAUGUGCCAGCAUCUUGAGAGUGACAGUCUGUUCAGCUCCCAGCCGUUCAGCCCGUACAGCAAUAACGCACGCUUCUACGACAGAACCAAGUCAGAGCCUUUAUCCCAUACAGAAAACGGUCUAUCUAAUGACAAAUCCACAAAGGAUCCUGCACCCAGCGCUCGAUCUCUUCACACUGCACCCGAGUACCGAGCGACAAAGAAGGAAAGGCCGUCGUUUUAUUCCGGACAUAAACACACACCGCCACCUGUACGACGUGUCAUCUCCAACCCGGCUGAACUUAACACCGUCCACACAAACAGAAGAGUGGAACCAGCUAGUUCAACAACAGGCCCAGACCAUGUAACGCAGGACAAAGAGGGUUCAGGGAACGACGCUUCUUCCUGGUCAGUAGAGGAGGUCAUCCGGUUUGUCCAGGAGGCCGACCCACACACGCUCGGCCCGCACGUCGAACUGUUCAGGAAGCAUGAGAUUGACGGCAAAGCCCUGAUGCUGCUGCGAAGUGACGUCAUUAUGAAGUACAUGGGGCUGAAGCUGGGCCCGGCACUCAAACUCUGCCAUCACAUCGAGAAGCUGAAACAUACGAAACAAUAGAGGACUCUUCUCUCACUGGCAAAUACACAUGUAAACAAACAGUACACCGUUUUUUUUUGUUUUUAUUCAUUUACCAUAUUAUUGUGAGCAGACACAAAAUUCAUUAUUUGCCUCUGUCUAAUUAGUCACAUAUCUGAGUUUAGACGUAAUUUACUCCACAACAGACUUUUUUGCCUUAUUAUAUAAACCUAGAGGCUAUUACAUAUUCACAUUUUAAUUUGCAUUUUACACAUACACAGACAUUCAUAGUUGUUGAAGGUUUUGCAGCUCCAUCUGUUCAAUUGUUCAGCUGCUAAGGGUUUUUUUGUGACGUAUGUUAUAACUGCUUUGUCAGAAUUUCAGGAUGGACUCUUCACGUGAGAUUUGGAAAGUUAGUUCAGGUACUGGCAGUGAAUGAUUUACUGCAUCUUAUCUAACAUUGCAAUAAAGGUCAGUUUAGUGUAUGCAAGCCAGUGAAUGUAUGAAGUCAUGGAAGUUAUUGCUAACAGGUAUGAUCCACUGGAGUGUACCAGUGAAUGACAAGUGUUGAAGGGUUUUAUUCCAAAAUGUUUCUGAAGGAGUGAGUCAGUACAUGAUGGUUUCUGACUCCGACUUUUAAUGACAAAUAUAUUUUAACUUCGGCAGUGUAGGCACCACUUUGCAUUAAAAUAAUUUAUAUUUUAUUUGGAAGAAACCCUUUCCUCUGUUGUAGUUCAAUAGCGCUGGUUGAAAAUGUGGAGACUCAGUUACUGAAGCAAUUUAUAUUCUAUGCUCAUAUCUGCAUUUGUUUCAUGUGCUGGAAGAUUAUAUCUAAUGUUGAUAUUCGUAUGAAGGGGUUAUAUGUAGUAUUGAUAUUCUCAGUAAAAAGUGGGAAGUCUUGCCCCAGACAUAUUUGCGACUACCAAAACCACCAACAAAAAACACUCUGAAUAAAGUAUAAAGCUUAUUGUUUAUACACAUUUACAUUAUGGUAUCAUUGAGAUUUCAUCUUCAAACAAUAAGUCCUAGCCCGUUAUUUUAACAGUCAGAAUAACACUGUCUUAUAGUCUUCAUGUGCUGCUCCAGCUGAUAGUUUACAUUAUAGCUCUGUUAGCUUAGCUCUGUCUUUAGACUGAAAACAGUCACAGUAAAACCACUAAUCACCUCUGUUUUCUGUACAGUUUGUGCUGUCAGUAGCUGCACUAAAGAUCUGUUUGGAAUCAUCCAAAGAAGGUCAGAACUCUCACAGUUUAGUCUAAACUGUGAACAAACAAAAAUCAGGAAGCUUAGCAAAGACAAUAACAUCACAUAAUAACUCAUACCUUCAUAAUCCUCACACUCUCACUCACAGUUGUAGUGGAAACACUGCAUCAAACUCCAUUCUUUUCAUUUCUGUCUGUGUCCAGUGGUGAAAACAACAACAGUGCUUCUAGCUUUUAUCACUGAGUCACUUUCUUUGACUCUAAAAGUGGUGCCUUCGUGGUUCUCAUCUCAUUUGGACACAUUUCUGACACUCUUGUUAAAGGUCCUGUGGUGUUAGUUUUUCUCACCUGGGAGACUGGCAGAGUGUCUCACUACUCCCUCUAGUGGUCACAUAAAUCCCCCAGUCUGUUUGUGUGGAUAUACUCAGUGGAUAUCUCUACAACCCAGUACACUGGUGCCUUUGGCUGCAAGUCAGAGCUCUUUAGUUGAAACACUAAUGAUGAUUUUAGGGCAUUUUUGAAGGUAAAAUUGCUACAUAUAACCCCUUUAAGCAGGUUCAGCUUGAGCACUGACUGUGUUAUGAUUGUAUAAUGCUUUGAAAGUCACACUAUCCAACACUCACACAUACACACAAACACAAAUGCAUACAAUGACUGGAAUACUGUAAGUGUUGACAGUGAAAUACAAGGUGUUUCAUUGUUGACUUUGAGUGCUGUACAGGAAGUUAAAGUGCUCCUAAAAGAGCAAAUGACAGAGAAACUGUAUAAAGACAAGCCAAAAGGUUGGUUUUUGAUAUCAUUUUGUACUGUAACAAAGUGUAUCAACCCGUAUCAAGCGUAAGUGUAAUCAAACUUUUUUUCUGCCUGAAAUUGUUUUUGUGUGCACCAUCAUAUAACUACCUACAGGAUAAUGUUUUGUCAGAGUAAUUAUUCACAUCUUCUCAAAGUAUUUAUCUGUUUUCCAUGGCAGAAAAUCUCAUUUUCUGAACAUUUCAGAAUCAUUUACGAACCAAAUCAUGUCUGUUGUAGCUGCAUUUCACCCCGUUGCUCCCCUGUAGUGGUAAUAAGUUGAUACUUGAAACCGUAUUGCUUUAAUGUGAAACUCAGGUUUUAGUAGGAUUUUUUUUUUUCCUUUUUUAGAAAUCGUUUUCAUCAUUAGCAUAUUGUGUUCUUAUUACCACAUAGACAGACUGCACAAUAACCAACUACGUAUAUUUUUAUGCCUUGUCAUUGACUGAUCCACGACAUUUCAUGUGUGUAUAUAUACAACUUUUUACUGGAAGUUCAAAAAAGAUGUUUGUUAAAUAUGUUUGAUAUGCAUUGACACAAUUAAACAUUUGUUUACAUCA